AGUUCUGUUGGCUGCUGCAGACAGAGAUUAUGUGAAGAAAAUGUAUGGAGGAUAUUUCGGUCUGUUUGUUAAUAUGUUGGGUGAGGAGGGUGAGAGGUGGGAUAUGUUCAGAGCUUUUGACCGGCAGCUGCCAAAAAUGGAAGAUCUUGACAAGUAUGAUGGAUUCGUUGUGACCGGAAGCAAAAGUGAUGCCCAUGGCAAUGCUGUUUGGAUUCUGGAACUGUGUCAAUUGUUAAGAUGUUGUUACCAAAUGCGCAUCAAAGUGUUGGGGAUAUGCUUUGGCCACCAGAUAUUAUCUAGGGCUUUGGGAGGCAAAGUGAGUAGAUCUAGUGCUGGAUGGGAUGGUUCCAUGGAAAAAGAUUGUAUUGAAUUUAACAAGUAUUGUAUGGUUCAGGUGACUGAGAUCCCUUGUGGCGCAGAUAUAAUUGCCUUUUCAAAUAAAACUGAGAUUGAAAUGUUUUCAAUGGAUGAUCACAUACUUGGAAUUCAAGGUCACCCAGAGUAUAGUAGUGACAUUUUAUUCAAUCUUAUGGACAACCUAUGCAAUGAGGGCAUCUUAACAGAGGAGAUGGUAAAGAAGGCAAAAAAUUCGGUUGAACAAUACAACAAUGUAUAUGAAAGAGAAAUUUGGCAACAAAUUUGUAAAAGAUUUCUUAAAUAUACAAUUAUAUAA